GGAUUGAUGCUGGGAUAAACUUGAAAAAGGGUUGUGUUUGGAAGCAUGGAGCCACCACCGAGUUCGCGAGCGGAGGAACCUCCGUCAUGGGACGAGCUUUACAAAAUCAAUCUAAUGCCAUCGGAGCUGUUUCUCAAGUUCCGAAAAGAGCUCCAAGGCCUUCGCGUCGGCGUCAAUCUCGAGUUGUAUAACGAACCCACGAAUGAUUACCACGCAAAGCUUGUUCUGAAGCCAUUAUCACCAGAACGGAAGUGGAAGUUUAUUUAUGAGCCUUUACACCAAGAAGUUCGUGUUCUUUCAAAGAAGAUUCCUCUCACCAGAUUUCUCAAUCUCCAGGUUGGUGUUGGGCAUAACUUUCAAAUGAACGCAAUGGGUUGGAAAUGGAAGCUUACCUCUUGUUUGGGUGGAGAUGGUGUGUCUCGGAUCCAAAACAAAACCACUCUUGGUUUGACUCCUGGUGUCGAUCUGCGGUUUGGUUGGAGAGCUGAUUUUGUACUCCCUGAAGUUACUGGAGCUCUUGGUACUGAAGAACCGUUAUUCAACAUGAGCUCGGGGCGUUUAGAGGCAUCACUGGAUAGAGUAGAAGCCAUUUUAACACAUUCCGAAUAUCUAUAACCAAUCCGUUACUUGUGUGGUUUUUUUCAAACUAGUCUCUAUCAUCUGAUAAACUGUUAGUAUAACUCUCUUUUUUUCUUGGUUUUGAUAUUGAGAUCGUCUUCGUGUUAGGUAUACCUGAAAUAUAUUAUGUUACAUAUUCAGAAGAUCUUGACAAUAUCAGAAGGCAAACGUAAAUAU